AGGUAGAGCCCUUCCAUCAAGCAAUCAAUCGAGAAGGGGGUGGAAUUCUAUCAAAUCCAGCAAGGAAGGAUAGGCUGGAUGCAAUCCCCGGUAGUAAUCCCCGCGCCCUCAUCGUCGCCAUGCUCGUCCUCGCUCAUGGCGGCCGCGAGUAGCGCCCGCCAUGCAUCGCUCUCUUCCCCUCCCUCCUCUAGCUCCUCGUCCAUCUCUCAGUCGCGCGCGACAGCCGCCGCGGCCAGCCCGAGGUCGCCAAGCCCGAGGUCCAGCCCGAGGAGGUCCGGCUCGGUCCUGGAGCACACGGAUCGCGCCGGAAAGGUGGACAUUGGAAAGGAGAUCGAGCAGCAGCGGCGGCAGCGGCAGGAUCUGGAGAGUAAGGCCAAGAGCGGGCUCGUGGGAUUCGACAAGUUCGUGCGCUCCAACCCACUCACCGACCGAUUCAAGGUGCUGUGCUUCCACCACGUCGAGCUGUGGUGCGGCGACGCCACCAACACCUGGCGCCGCUUCUCGUGGGGGCUCGGCAUGCCGCUCGUCGCCAAGUCGGACCAGACCACCGGCAACCACGUCUACUGCAGCUACGCGCUCCAGUCGGAGGACCUCGUCCUCGUCUUCUCGGCCCCCUACUCGGACAAGCACCGCUACCAGCCGGCCUCGCCGCCACCCCACCCGGCCAUGACCAAGCCCGCCAUGCUCGACUUCUUCGACGCCCACGGCCUCGCGGUCCGGGCAGUCGGCGUCCGGGUGGAGGACGCCGCCACGGCCUUCCGGACGAGCGUGGAGCACGGCGCCAUCGCGGUGCUCGAGCCCACGACCAUGCACGACGUCCACUCCGGCCAGGAGCUCGUGCUGUCCGAGGUGGCGCUCUACGGCGACGUGGUUCUUCGAUUCGUCAGCGGCGGAUUCGACGGCCCCUUCCUCCCAGGCUACGAGCGCGUGAGUCCGCCACCUUUCUCGUCGUCCCCCUCGGGGCUUGGAGUCGGGCUCUGCCGGCUGGAUCACGCCGUCGGGAACGUCCACAACCUGCUGGACGCCGCGCGGUACGUGGCCGGCUUCACGGGCUUUCACGAGUUUGCCGAGUUUACCGCCGAGGACAUUGGCACCUGCGAGAGCGGGCUGAACAGCAUGGUCCUGGCCAGCAACAACGAGAUGGUGCUGCUGCCCAUGAACGAGCCGGUGCAUGGCACGCGGAGGAAGUCUCAGAUCCAGACGUACUUGGAUCACAACGAGGGGCCGGGCUUGCAGCACUUGGCGAUCUCUUGCCGGGAUAUCUUUCAUACUUUGAGGGAGAUGAGGAUGAGAUCUCACAUCGGGGGGUUUGAGUUCAUGCCCAGGCCGAACAAGAAGUACUACAAGGACUUGCCGGAGAGGAUUGGAUCGAGCCUGACGCCCGAGCAAGUGGAGAUGUGCGAGGAGCUCGGGAUCCUGGUUGACAAGGAUGAUCAGGGGAUUUUGCUCCAGAUCUUCACCAAGCCUGUGGGUGACAGGCCAACUUUGUUCUUGGAGAUAAUCCAGAGGGUGGGAUGCAUGGAAGAGAACGUCCAGCGAGGAGGGUGUGGGGGAUUUGGCAAGGGGAACUUUUCGGCGUUGUUUAAAUCGAUUGAGGACUACGAGAAAACUCUCGAGCGAUGAAACAGGAAUAGAUUUUUUUUUUUUUUUGUUUUUUCUGUUAUGAUUUUUGGGUCAAAUAUAAUAAAUUUGCCUGUAA